AUGUCAAACGCGACCUGCCACAAGGAGAGGGCUCCCGACGGUCCCCCUCUGUUUGACAACGGAACCAUCGUUAUACAAGUGUAUCAUGUCGGCUGGAUAAUAGCUGGUUUCUUUGCAGCCGUUGCAACCGUCGCGUCUUUCUGGUUGAUCAACAAGCACCUUCAAUGGUACACUAAUGUCAAUAUCGUCCGCCUGCUGUUCAUGGUUCCUCUAUACGCACUCAUCAGUUUCGCUUCGUUCUUAUUUUGGAACCAAUCUACUCCUCUCAUCCUCGUGCGAGAUGGUUACGAAUCGACAGUGCUGACAUCCUUCUUCUAUCUCCUGUUGAUGUACUUGUCUCCGAACACAGAGGGACAGAAGGCUAUCUUCAGGAAAGCUGGGCUAUCACGCGAAAACGACCGAGAGGCGUUGAGAAAGGGUCAAGAGCCCAAGAAGUGGGUAUUCCCUCUAGGCUUCAUAAAGUGGAAACCAGCCGACGGUCUUCUCUUCCUUCAAUUACAGAAAUGGGGUGUACUGCAAUAUUGCGUGUUGCGACCGUUGACAACACUGAUUGCAGUUGUCUUGGAUUACAUGGGCCUUUACUGCGAAUCUUCUUGGAGCCCCGGAUGGGGUCAUAUCUAUAUCGUGAUCAUAGUAUCUAUAUCCGUCACUAUUGCCAUGUAUUGCCUCAUCCAGCUGUAUGUUCCCGUCGCGCAAGAGCUCGCCCCUCACAAACCGCUGUUGAAGUUAUUUGCGGUGAAAGCCGUCGUCUUUUUGACAUUCUGGCAAGCGACAUUCCUGUCUGUUCUUGCGAUGUUUGGAGUAGUAACAGACACCGCACAUAUGACGGCAGAAGAUAUCAAUAUUGGUAUUGGUGCUCUCCUGGAGACAUUUGAAAUGAUGCUAUUCGCGUUUUUACAUAUCAAAGCAUUUUCAUACAAGCCGUAUCGACCAUUUCACUCGCCUGAUUCCAAGGAUCCACCUCCUCAGCGUACUAAGCGCCUUCGCUCUUUAGGCCAUGCCAUGGAUUUCCGUGAGACAUUCCGGGAGAUGUGGGUUGGUUGGCUAUAUAUCUGGGAUAGGAUGAGAGGUCGGGAACCACGACCAGAUGUCAACGCCCGCAGAUUGGCGCAUCACGAGGAGGUUAUGGGUCGUAGUAGACUACCUCCUAACUUUACUAAAGCUCGGGCUGUUGUUCAAACGAGAGAGGUGGGCGAAGAGAAAGAGAAAGCUCCAUUGAUAAAGGUGGAUGUUGAGGAGCGAGUGGAGAUCGAUGGACGCAGAGAUUGGCUGGGUGGUCGCGACGACUUUGGAUACACUCUCGGCCCUGUCAGGCGGGAGAGGAGUGAGGGCUUGGAAGCUCAGAUUCAAAGUGAACUAGCAAAGCGAGGGUUUGGCGAUGGUGAGCUAUCUUUUACUUUUUGCGCCACGCGGAUCUCAAGCUUGCUAGACGAUAAAUUCUCGCCCGUGGAUGUGGAACAGGAUCUCCCACCAAAGAGGCGAUCUAGAUCAUGGUGGCGAAGUAUAUAUGACCGUAUAUCCCAAUCCGGCGACCCCGACGUUGAGUCUGCAGCUCUUGCUCCAUCUCGAUCUCAGCGAAGGCAGCGUUCGAGGUCAAGGCAUCGACAUCGCUCUUCGCAAGAUAAAGAUAGGCAACGCCUUAUGCGACAAGAUUUUGAGUACGAUGACCCUCCCCCUCCCAGCAUGAUACGUGCCCACCGCUCUCAAAGGAAUCAACUUGGCCUCAUGAUCGAAGAAGAGCCCUUUGGAUUCAUAGAAAGUCGCGGAACUUCACCGUCACCUUUGAGUGGCCUUCCGACGAUGUAUUCAGGACCUGCAAGAUCGGGACAUGCAAUGCAUCCGUCACCUGGCGCCACCCGACAUGGUGCUCCGCCGCCAGACUUUCUGACAGAGCGUUCCCCGCCGUUCGCUCGUUCCGAUAGCCUUCUCGGUCGCGUCUUUCCCCAAAGCGUUGAGUCUUCCGCUGGACAUGUCGCAUUGUUGGGCGUCCGGGAAAGGUCACCCCCCAGCACUCCGCCCUUCGCACCUCCUACGACAUUGGGUAUAACCGUGGCAGGAAAUAUGCAACAGUCUUUAGUUGUGCCAGGAGUUAUUGGCUCACCCAUCGGAAGUAUGGCUGCCGAAAUACAGUCAAGUGAAGCUCGCGAAGUUAUUCUUCCUACAACGACUUCUUCCCUGCAUCGUCGAGAGACCGCCACUACCUCAGAAUAUCCGCUUUCUACACCAUCGUCGCCGCAAUCCCACACAACCUUCGUAACGGCGGUUUCUCAUCAUCCGCACGCUUUGGAAGCCGCCCCGGCUCCCCCAAGCCAGCCUCAUCGACAGACAUCGCGGCAGCAUUCGCGGUCAGCUCGCCCACAUCAUUAUCCAAGGCGAUCUCUGGGUUCUGCCACUCAAUUCGGACACCCUGGGAGACCUAUUUCUCUAACUACGCCAGCGCCUCUGGCCUCAACCUCCACAACACGUCAAAGGCUUCCCUCUCCUACAUCCCCCGCAACACCUUACGAUCCUCUUGAGAUUGGCCGCCAUCGUAGACGCCGUUCUCGAGAUAGGCAUCCCACAGCGCAUGCGCCUUACCAGGACCCCCUAUACACCAUGUACGGGUCCGCCCAGCCUCCUAACCAGCAACCAUAUCCGCAUCAACGACCAGAAUAUGAAUAG